UCACAGUUACAGGGUGUAAUAAAGUUUUUAAGCAAUUGUUACUUGAUAUGUCACAUUGUAGCAACGUACGAAUUUGAAGUCGGUUGCUUCAAAGCAAUGACAAUCUGUAACAAAUAACGUUAGCUAAACAACUUUUGUGGAGAACAGACUCAGGCUAAUUUACGCGUUGCAUUAGCUAGCUAGUUAGUUGUACAAAUAUGUUUUUAAAAAUGUCAUUCAUAUCGGUUACAAAGCUUUUUCUUUAGAUGACAUAGCUAGGUUUGUUGGACUUGGCAGUUCUGAAUUGGUCAAAGGAUUGACUUUUUCAUCAACUCUUUGACACCUUAAUGACUUGACUGAGACGGUCGUAUCAAUAGCUGUAAUUGUCACAGGUUUGAAAUAAAGACUCAUAGACAGCAUGCACUCAGUCAAUAAAGUUACAGGCCAGCUUUGAAGAGCUAUUUACGUUGACAUGCCAUUCAUCUAAACCCAGCUAAAAAUAAAUGGACUCUUGCACAUUCACUGGGCCCUUUCAAAUGUCAUUGCAGCCAGGCUCUAGAACUAUACGAUUUACUAAAUGUAGAAUUUGAAUAGGCUUACUCAGUGUAUUGGCCAUGUUGUGUCGUCUGAAUUAACCUCACAUAUCAUAUGUAUGAAUGCCUAUUAGGUCAACUUAUAAUAGUGUGAACAGUGAAAGUUUAGUGAACAGUUUGUCUGUUUUUCUUUUUGCCGUAGGCCUUCUGCGUGUACCAUCUUCAUCUCCAUUUUCUUCAAUCCUGCCCUUGCAUGACCUGUGCUGUCUAGGCUAGAAGGCGUCGGCUCCCUGUUCUAUUGUGUGUCCCUUGUCACAAUGUCCAAUGAACCUUCAUCUAGAUAUGCUGCUGCAAUAUCAGCCCUUUCCCUCAGUUUACCUGCUGUUAACCCCAACCCAACCCUUACCCUCAGUUCAUCCACUGCCCCCAACCCACCGCUUACCCCUAAACCCUCUCUUAUCCCCAAAUCACAUAUUACCUCCAAAUCCCUUACCCCUAAACCACUAGUUGCCCGUACCCCCAAACCACCCUUUGCCAUCAAACUACCCACUGCUGCCAGCCCAGCCCCUUUAAAUUCAUAUCCCCCUUCACUUGAGAUUUUGGGAUCAGAUGAUGAGGAACAGGAGAAUCCAUCUGAUUACUGCAUAGGUGGGUACUACCCGGUGGAAAUUGGAGAGAUAUUCAUUGACCGUUACCAGGUGGUGAAGAAGCUGGGAUGGGGCCACUUCUCUACUGUGUGGCUAGGCUGGGACAUGGAGAAGAGGCGUUUCGUGGCUCUGAAGUUGGUAAAGAGUGCUCCAACCUUCACAGAGACCGCUUUGGAUGAGAUCAAGCUUCUGAAAUGUGUAAGGGACAGUGAUCCAUCUGACCCUAAACGUGACACUGUUGUGCAGCUUAUUGAUGACUUCAAAGUCUCUGGAGUCAAUGGGGAGCAUGUAUGCAUGGUUCUUGAAGUGCUGGGUCACCAGCUGCUGAAGUGGAUCAUCAAAUCCAACUACACUGGCCUUCCCCUGCCCUGCGUUAAGAGCAUCCUUAGACAGGUUCUUCAGGGCUUAGAUUACUUGCACACUAAAUGCAAGAUUAUCCACACAGACAUCAAGCCAGAGAACAUCCUUUUGAGAGUGGAUGAGGUUUACGUCCAGGAGCUGGCAGCCGACACCAAGCUAUGGGAGCUGCCAGUGUCUUCUGCUCCCACAAGCUGUUCAGCAAACACCAGUCUAAGAGAAAAGCAGAUUGUGUCAAACUUGAUGGGGAAAUUGACGGUGGCUUUCCAGGCUCUUGGGGUUUGGACUGGGAAGGUCUCCAGGAUCCCGAUGGCCAGGUUGUCGAGGAAGGAGAAGAAACAACAACAGCCGCAGAAGGGCGAGGACACUUUAGUUGGCCGUCAGAAGAGGGAGAAACCUCAUGUGUCAUUCUCUAAUAUCACCACUCCCUGUAGCAUCCCUAAUUCCACCUCGUCCCCUAAGCCUUCAGGUCCUGUGCAUACUACUUGGAGACGGACCCUGCUGCAUGAAGAAACAAUGGUCUCUGACAGCAAGGAGUCGGCCUCGUCACCGAUGGAAGAUGCACCAUCAUUGACUACAAUGUCUCACUGUUCUAGACAAUCUAUAGUGUUACAUCAUUCUACCCAGAGAGACAACCUGCCCUCAUCACCAUCACAUGGGUUAAGUGAAACAGAUCUGUUGGUGAAUCUUCUGAAGCCACAGAAUGCUGAUAAAAUCAGCAUCAAGAUUGCAGAUCUGGGAAACGCCUGCUGGGUGUACAAACAUUUCACAGAAGACAUCCAGACCUGCCAGUACCGCUCUGUUGAGGUCCUGAUUGGGUCUGACUAUGGCACUCCUGCAGAUAUCUGGAGCAUAGCCUGCAUGGCGUUUGAGCUGGCUACCGGGGAGUAUCUGUUUGAACCCCAUUCAGGGGACAACUUCUCACGAGAGGAAGAUCACAUUGCUCACAUAAUUGAGUUGCUGGGACCCCUUCCAUCCCAGUUUGCCCUCUCAGGGAGAAACUCCAAGCGAUAUUUCAAUCACAAUGGGCAUUUGCGGCGCAUCUCAAGGCUGAAACCAUGGAGUUUGUGUGAGAUCCUGCUGGAUAAGUAUGAGUGGCCGCGGGAACAGGCAGUCCAGUUCAGUGCUUUCCUCCUCACCAUGCUGGAGCCCCUCCCAGAGAAGAGAGCCACCGCUGCCCAGUGUCUGAAACACCCCUGGAUCUCCUUAUAGACAUCAUACCACUGCCUGGUGUCUAAACCCCCCCCUGGAUCUCCUUAUAGACACAAAGCCACCACCGCUGCCCAGUGUCUGAACCCGAUCUGGAUCUCCUCAUGGAUACAGAGCAGUCUCACCGAUGACACAGAGGUUACACAGGUGACACAGUGUCAAACAGGCUGGGACAAGUGCCUUAAUAUGAUGUUUGAAUAGUGGGUAAUGGCUGAUAUUCAGCAAGUGUUAUUUUUUCAGCUGAUCUUCUGCAAUGUUAUUUUUCUGUUUGCUCAGGGAGAGCAGUCAACUAUCAAUAUAUUUUGUCUGAUUAUUUAACACCUUUGAUGUAAAGAAAAUAACUUUUGAUUUGGAGAGAUAUGCCAGAUGGCCAGUCUGCCCCUGCUGGGAAAGCUCUAUUUUUGUUUUUGAGUUUAAUUGAAUAAAUGUUAUUUGUUUA